CUAUAAUGUUACUAAAACAUGUCAAUAUAUACCAUUGUUUUAAUUAUGAAAUAACUGAACCAAUUAAUCUUUAUCAGUUUUGUGUAAAAGAAAACCCCACUCCCGUUAAACAAAAUCGUAGAAAUAUUUUGGAUGAAAAAAAUACAUAAAUUCGUUGGAUCGUUUAUGUAAAGAAUUAAAUCUUACUUUAAUUUAUUGACUGAAACAUCUCUCCAAAAAUCUUGGGCUCGUCAUUGGGAUUAAUUAUUUUUGGAUUGGUAGCAAUAUAACUUGCAUACGCGUGUUAUAUGCGUGGGGCCUUAUUGACCUAUGAUCAACGAUACGUUGACAAAGAAUCUUGGGCGCGCUAGGGUUGUUCGUGAUGGCGGCUCCGCCGUUCGCAAGCGAGCCGACUCCAACAGGGAAGCCCCCAGGGUUAAGUGGUAACCGGAGAGCGGUUGCAGUGUCCUCCUCUCCUGAAGGAAAGAGUGAGAAGUAAACCAUACAACCCAAGAAACAUGUCCGGUGAUUAAAUCUUGACCAAGAAGGCGUCGAUCUCGAUGAUGUUUCAUCGCAGAUGGAUUCAGAGAGCGGAAAGGAGAAUGCUGGGGCACCACAAACAAAUGAUCCGAAACUGUCAUUCUGGCAAGGAGCAACAUCCCGACUUUUCAAGCAAGAUUUAGGAGAGGAGGGCUGGUAUGUGGCUGACUCCGACUCUAAAGAUGUGAUGGUUCGGGAACAAGAGAAUGAUGACUAUAUACCUAAAGAGAAGCAAAACCCUGCAUGCCCAACUGUUUUGUUUACGGCAGCGCAGAAGAUUCGCUGGAGACGGAAAUGGAGAUCGGUCCUAGUAGUCAGAGGACUGGGAAAUAAGGUGUCGUAUGUGCCACUAGCGCGCAAGCUUAAUUAUCUGUGGGCAAGACAUGGCAAUAUCCAGAUCACAGACAUGAAGAAUGGAUGUUUCUUGGUGAGGUUCGAAAGUAAGGUAGACUACGAGCUGGCAACGUAUGGUGGUCCUUGGCUGUUGGGGGACACAUACAUGGCAGUUCAUUGUUGGUUCAAAGGUUUCAACCAGUGGACAUCAGAAGUAAAAUCGACUUAAGUUUGGGUCCAGAUCUCGGAUCUCCCCAUUGAAUUUAUAAACUUGGAAGCUGUCAUGCAGAUAGGGGAGAUGAUUGGCCAACCAGUUCGUGUAGACCGUGCGACAGCAGAGGGAGUCCAAGCUAAGUUUGCAAGAGUUUGUGUUGAAGUUGAUCUGACAAUGCCUCUACUAUCUCAAUAUAUAGUGGGAGGAGUAACAUACCUAAUCUAGUUCGAAGGACUAGAUAAUAUAUGUGGCGAAUGUGGAAAAUAUAGCAUGCUGGGGGAAGGAUGUGAGUGUAAGAAAUUGGUCAAUGAAAU